AACUCUUUCUCUUUCUAGAUCUUAUCGUGAUUACUUGGCUAUUCAGGCAAGGAGGUGCUGUUGAGAGCCAGUUCUGACUGAAUCCAGUCCUCCUCCUUGCCUUAUUCUUCAGCCCUUUUUCUAUUUAUUAGUUACAUUUUAUAUCUCACCAUUCCUGCAAGGAGCUUAGUGCACAUGCAGAGUAUGAGAGAUUGCCCCAAUUUAUCCCAACUGAAUCCCUGGUAGGUAAGUUAGGCAAGCCUCCUUAGACAUUCCUCCAGAUGUGUUGAACUAUAGUUCCCAUCAUCCCCAAUCAGUUAAUAUUCUAAUAAUUAUAAUUUAACACAUCUGGAGUGACUAGGUUAGGGCAAGAUACAGGGGUCCACCUAAGGUAGCUGUCUUAAAGACCAUUCUGUAUCAGCUAUUGCUUGUGCCACUGGUUUCUCCUUGCUGUGGCUUUCUUUGCAUAUGAAUGACUCUUGCAAUGGCUUCCAGGUUAGAUAGGUUCUGCUCCAGUUUUUAAAAAGAAGCUACUACUAGUAGAAUCGAACCCUGGUCUCCAGAGUUGUAGCCAAACAUCCAAAAUUCUGUUCUGAAUUCCAACAAAAGCAACUCAGAUAUUUUUUGGGUGAAAAGAUGGGGCUCAAAAGCUGGACAGGUUCAUAGGGGAUAAGACAAUCUUCUAACUGCUGUGACACACAUCCUGACAGUGAAAUAGUUCAGGUUGGGGGUACUUAUCUUUUGUUUACAGUGGCAGGAGAUUGCUGGGACUUUGUAGUAUUUGUAUUUCUGUCUACAUAUGCAGGUUGGGUAUUAAUGGGGUCAAACAACUGAAACAUGCCAUCAACAAAAGUCACUGCCCUAUCUUAGAUUCCCAGAAAGAUACAGCAAGCAUCCAGUGAUUACUGCUCAGCUUUUUGUACUACAAAGUAUUCAUUCUCUCUUGUUCCUAGAUAUAGUACUCUGGGUUCUAUUGUUCCUUUUCACGCACAGACCUAGAUUACGUCAUCCUUAAUGAGGAGCGAGGUGAAUGUGUUCAUAUGCUCCCUCCUCCUUACUCUGAUCUUCCCCCUCAAUUCAAAACAGCCAAAGCAAAGCAUUCCUGUAUCUAAAAGCAGUCUUCUUUCAGUGAGCUCCCUUUGGGCUAUAUCCUAGACUGUUAACAUUCCUUUAUCAAAUCCAAGGUCAUGGUCAGGUAUUCCUUUAAGUUAUAAUCCUGGUCACAAAAAUCUGAUUUCAAAUAUACAGAUGUGCAUAGAUAUCUUGAUCUGUUUAAAAAACCAACCUGAAAUGUAAUAAACAGAUGAACCGAUGGAACUAAACUGAAACUGUUGUUACAAUUGCCUCGGGAGGUAACCAGAGACCCAACCUCACAAUUAUGUUUGUUUCUUUUGCUAUUUGUUGGUUGCUCUUCAACUGAAAUUCUUGGAAAGGCUUACUACAGUAUAAGUAGUAAAACAUAUGGUGUGGAGUGUGGAAUAUGGCAAAGCAGAUAAAUCAUAAAUCAUCCUCAUGGAAUACAAUCUAAAACUGAAAUAAAGUAGAGAUGGGUUCGAAUUUCCCUUGUUGGGGAGGAAAUCCCACAUAAGGUUGCCCACAACAGGGUACUUGUCUUCACCAACUCAUCACUUUGUUUCAGACAGUAAAGGCAUUUGCAGCAAAACCUCAGAGGCUGAUUUCAAAAUGUCCAUACAUGCUGCAAAAAUUGUUCUUGCUGGUUUCUUCACAUUUAUUGCCCCUAAAAUACACGUAAAGGUCCACGCUUAACACUUGCAACCCAGUGAUAAUUGUAGAGGAGUUCCCUACAAUAAGGAAAGCACAUUACACCAUGCAUUUUAAUACAGUAGAGUCUCACUUAUCCAAGCUAAACGGGCCGGCAGAAGCUUGGAUAAGCAAAUAUCUUGGAUUAUAAGGACUGAUCAAGGAAAAGCCUAUUAAACAUCAAAUUAGGUUAUGAUUUUACAAAUUAAGCACCAAAACUUCAUGUUAUACAACAAAUUUGACAGAAAAGGUAGUUCAAUACGCAGUAAUGUUAUGUUGUAAUUACUGUAUUUACGAAUUUAGCACCAAAAUACCAUGAUAUAUUGGAAACAUUGACUACAAAAAUGGCUUGGAUUAUCCAGAGGCUUGGAUAAGCGAGGCUUGGAUAAGUGAGACUCUACUGUAUAUGAUUUCAUUCUUUGUUACAUUUGUAUUCUGUCUUGAUGCAAAGAGCUGAAGAUAGCAUGUAGGGCUGGCCUCCCUCCCACUUUAUCCUCACAAUAUUCCUGGAUUGUAGCUAAAGCUAAAAGAUGAUGGCAAGCUGUUGGCUGAUUUCUAACCAGGGUUGUCUCGUUGAAGCAAAACCCAAAGUUUCCUUGUACAACCUUGUAUAUGCUCCCCCAUACAAAGGCUGCCAUUUGAAUUUUUGAAUCAGGUAUCUUCAAAAUAUAUUUUGAUUCCUUUUCCCAUCAAGCGUAACCAGUAUAUCCAUGGUGAGGGAUGCUUAGAGUUUUAGUCUAACGCCGUCAAGUUCUUGUUGUGUGCCUUUCAGUAAUUUCUUAUUAGUGGGAUUUUCUUGUCAAGAUGUGCUCUGAGACGGCUUCCAUGACCGAGGCUGAGAUAACGUGCCUUGACCAAGGUAACCCAGUGGGCUUACAUUGCCAAGUGUCCAAUAUUCAAAUCACAACACCAUUCAAGCUCUAUUUAGGACUAUCAACAUGUUCUAAGAUCCACUCCUACUGCAUAAAUCCUACUUCUAAAAUUCCCAGGCAAUGUGAUAAAAAUACAUUGUAUUUUCUACACCAUUUCUCUUAUUGAUUACUCCAGCAACACUUUGUUAGAGGGUUGAUGGAGGAAUGGAGGAAGAGGCCCAGGAAGAGUAUCUUUGUUUCCUCCUUUAGCGUACUUAAACAGACUGAUCCAGCUGCCAGGGUAUGGUCUGGUGACCCUGUGUUUUGUGUAUGUGGGUUCAAGUCACCUGUCGAUUUAUGGUCUUCUCAUGAAUUUCAUAGCCCACAGCACCUGAGAUUCAUUUAUGGUUUCUUGUCCAAGUACUAACCAGACAUGACCCUGCUUAGCUUCCAAGAUCAAAUAGGGUCUAUCCAAUGCCUUCAAAGCAUUUAGAUCUCAUAUUAGUGAUUCCGCCAUGCCCAAAGAAAUCCCAAUCCGAGUUAUAUUAUACUGUAUCUAUGGUUGAUUUCUUAUCUCCUGCCAGAAAUUAGUGUAGCUUUAAGAAGAGCCUAGCAAGCACAAAUUCACCUGAUUCUGCUUUCAAUGCGGUGAUAAUAAAGCUGACCUGCUGAAAUUUCUGCCUAUCAUGUAGCUCUUAAGGGCAUUAAUCCUUUGUCAAAGAAAAAUCAUCUUGGAUACAAUAGAAGGGCCAUACUCUGUUUUUAACAAAUUUCUGUCUCUCUAAUGUCUUUUUCAGAUAUAAUGCUUUUUAUCUUAUUUGUCACAGAGAGUGAUGUCUGUAAUCACAGUUAUACGGCAAGCUCAUCAGUUUCAGAAGCUAAAUCCUACUACUAGGCAUCCUACUACUAGAGCAUGUAAAUUGGCACACACAUUCACAAAAUAUUAAUACAUCAGUCCCUUGGUAUUUGCUGGAGUUUGGUUCUAGGACCAUCCAUGAAUAUCAAAAAUCUGUGGAUAUCCAAGUCUCACCAUACACCAUGGUGUAGUAAAAUGGUAUUCCUUACAUAAAAUGACAAAAUCAAGAUUUGCAUUUGGGAUGUCUUUUUUAAAAUACUAUUUUCAUGCCAUAGAUGGUAAAGUCCAUGGAUAAAGAAUCUGUGGAUAUGGAAAGCCAACUUUGUACUCUUUCUGCUUGUUUUUUUUUUUAUUUUAGUCUGCUUUGCCAAAUAUAAAUCUGAUGCAUACAAACUAGAAAUUCAAAUCUUGGAAAAGUUACAUGUUUGGAAACUUUCCAAUAUAUAUGAGGGAUUAAUUCUUGAUUUUGAGGCAGAUUUGGGGUUUUUUUCUGUUUAUUUCGCUAUAUUCUACACGUUUCUAUUACCUAGUGACUAGCCUGAGUAAGAUAAAAUCUAAAGUCUGCCAAUAUUUACCAUAUAACAUCUUGUUUUUCUCUUAGUUUUUAACUUGUAAUUUCACUCAUUUCUUCAGAAUGGAGAUUGUUCCAUCAUUUCUUCCUGCUUUAAUAACCACAACAAAGCAUGAGACAACAUAGGCCAGCACUGGAAACAUGUGAUAUUCCUCCUCUACUAUUUAGUGAAGCCACCACUCUAUCACACUUAAAGUAACUAAAGUUAUACUCACACACACACAUCUUCUCCCAUACAAUUGUAAUUGGAAGUUAAAAUUGUAGCCUGAUUUACUUAAUCCCUGUUAUCUGUUAUUGAGAAAUAAAACUAAUUACAGUAAGUAAUUGGUUAUGUAUUAUUGGAUCCUUCCAAGUUCCAGGUUGGAGUCUACAUAAAACCCAGGUGUUUAACUUUCCCUAAAUAAAGGUUCAUUGUAUAGAGGAGCUUAAAAGGAAAAGGAAAAACCUGCAUUACCUUUUAGAUAUAGAGUAUUGUUGUGGAGAUGACUAAAAGUAGCAGGACUUAUCAUAAUUUUAAACUUUAUUUUUAAUCUAUUUUAGAUUUUUUUAAUUUAAUUUAUUUAUUUUAUUUUAGAUAGGUUUUAGAUAGAUUAAGGUUAUAUUUUUAAAUUAGAAAAAAACAAACUUAAAGAAUUGUAUAUGUGUAUAUGUUAAAAAAGAAAAUAUAUAUUUAAAGAAGAGUAUUCAACAUUGGUACCACUACGCAGAAGAGUUUGUUUUAAAAGUGCAGUUUACUCUCCAGUGAAAAAGAUUUAUGAUGGACAUGGAUUGAAACCAGGGAUAGUUGAUGAACAAAAAGACAGCCAAGGAGCCAGGCAGACUGGAAGGGGACAGCUGCCGGCAUACCAAGGAGGGCCAGCGGAUAAGCUGGGAACAUGGAGGAGAGGAGCAAGGAGAAGGUGAAUCAGGCCCAUGUUCUCUUUGACCGAUUUGUCCAGGCAUCAACCUGCAAAGGGACUUUGAAAGCCUUCCAGGACCUCUGUGAUUAUUUAGAACUGAAGCCCAAGGACUAUCGUACUUUUUACCAUAAGCUCAAGUCCAAGCUUAAUUACUGGAAAGCCAAAGCCCUUUGGGCCAAGUUGGAUAAGAGAGGCUGCCACAAAGACUACAAGAAGGGAAAAGUAUGCGCCAACACGAAGUGUCUCAUUAUUGGGGCUGGACCCUGCGGCCUUCGAACAGCCAUUGACCUCUCCUUUCUGGGAGCAAAGGUGGUGGUGAUAGAAAAGCGUGAUGCCUUCUCCCGCAACAAUGUUCUGCACCUGUGGCCAUUUACAAUCCAUGAUUUGCGGGGUCUUGGCGCCAAAAAAUUCUAUGGCAAAUUCUGUGCAGGAGCCAUUGACCAUAUCAGUAUUCGUCAGCUCCAGUUGAUACUCUUGAAGGUCUCCUUAAUCCUGGGUGUUGAAAUCCAUGUCAAUGUAGAGUUCCAGGGACUUCUCUACCCUCCUGAGGAUCAAGAGAAUGAGAGAAUAGGUUGGCGUGCACAAGUACACCCGAAAACACAUCCUGUGUCAGAAUACGAGUUCGAUGUGAUCAUUGGAGGAGAUGGAAGACGUAAUACUUUGGAAGGUUUCAGACGAAAAGAAUUUCGUGGCAAGCUGGCCAUUGCCAUCACAGCAAAUUUCAUCAACCGCAAUACCACAGCGGAAGCCAAAGUUGAAGAGAUCAGCGGUGUAGCCUUCAUAUUCAAUCAGAAAUUCUUCCAAGAUUUGCGAGAAGCUACAGGCAUUGAUUUAGAGAACAUCGUCUACUACAAAGAUGACACCCACUAUUUUGUCAUGACUGCCAAAAAGCAGAGCUUACUGGAAAAAGGAGUAAUAUUACAUGACUACGCAGACACUGAGCUGUUACUUUCACGGGAGAAUGUGGACCAGGAGGCUUUGCUCAGCUAUGCCAGGGAAGCAGCAGACUUCUCAACCAAUCAGCAGCUGCCAUCUCUGGACUUUGCCAUCAACCACUAUGGUCAACCUGAUGUAGCCAUGUUUGAUUUCACCUGCAUGUAUGCCUCAGAGAACGCAGCCAUGGUUCGAGAAGUAAAUGGUCACCAACUACUCGUGGCUUUGGUUGGAGAUAGUCUGUUGGAGCCAUUCUGGCCAAUGGGAACUGGAAUAGCCAGGGGCUUUCUUGCUGCCAUGGAUUCUGCUUGGAUGGUACGAAGCUGGUCAUUGGGAACAGGUCCUUUGGAAGUCCUUGCAGAGAGAGAGAGUAUCUAUAGGUUGCUGCCUCAGACCACCCCUGAGAAUGUGAGCAAGAACUUUAGCCAGUACAGCAUCGACCCUGUCACUCGGUAUCCAAACAUCAAUGUCAACUUCUUGCGGCCAAACCAGGUACGUCAUUUGUAUGAUACUGGAGACUUGAAAGAUAUACACCUGGAAAUAGAGAAUUUGAUGAACUCCAGAACACCAAAGUUGUCAAGGAAUGAGUCGGUGGCUCGCUCUAGUAAGCUCUUGGGCUGGUGUCAGAGGCAGACAGAUGGAUACGCUGGUGUAAAUGUAACUGAUCUUACAAUGUCUUGGAAGAGUGGCCUAGCACUAUGUGCCAUUAUACAUCGAUAUCGCCCUGAUCUCAUAGACUUUGAUUCUCUAGACGAACACAACGUAGAGAAGAAUAAUCAGCUGGCUUUUGAUAUUGCUGAAAAGGAGUUUGGAAUCUCUCCGAUCAUGACUGGCAAAGAAAUGGCAUUGGUUGGGGAGCCAGACAAGUUGUCUAUGGUCAUGUAUCUCACCCAAUUCUAUGAAAUGUUCAAGGACUCCCUCCCUUCCAGUGACAAUCUGGAGCUGAAUGCAGAAGAAAAAGCUGCUUUAAUAGCUAGCACCAAAUCACCGAUCUCAUUUUUCAGCAAAUUGGGCCAGAGCAUCUCUCGAAAACGGACACCGAAGGAUAAAAAGGAGAAAGAUCUAGAUGGUGCAGGAAAGCGGAGAAAAACAAGCCAGUCGGAAGAUGAGGACACUUCCCGAAGCUACCGAGAGGAAAGGCCCACCCUGGUCAGCGCCCUGACAGAGAGAAGAAUUGAUGCAGCCGUUGGGAAUCAGAAUAAAGUGAAAUCCAUGGCAACACAGCUGCUGGCCAAAUUUGAGGAGAAUGCCCCUGUACAGUCCUCUGGAAUACGAAGACAGUCUGUCCAGCCUUAUCAAGAACGUGCUCUCAGCCAGCCAGCCUACCGACAGAGAGAACAGGCCCGUCUUGCCCCCUUACCUCAGUGGAAACAGAUGAGGAAAAAGGAGCGUUCUCGGACCUGCCCUAAAAAAGUGAUCAUGCUCACUUCCUCCUCCAUUUGCACUUCCUCUCCAUGGUAUCCCAGUUAUCAGAAAAACAGGGAACGUCAUGCGGACCAAACUGGAGAACAGAGUCCCAGCCAGCAAAGGAGACCUCAUCAGUUCUCUUCAGAUGACCAUGUGCCAGAGCGCACGCUUACCAUUGAACAGAGGGCAAGCCAGCUGGCUGCCCUCCUGGAGCAAAGGCCAACAACCAGGCAUCAGCCAGAGACUCGUCGAUCUGUGGUUAAACAUUGGGAGCUCUCCUGUAGCAACCGCUCUUCCAGUCGCCCUUCUUCUCCUUCAUCUGAUUCCUUCAGACAGAAAUAUAUAAAGAUGUAUACAGGAGGCGUGAGCUCAUUGGCUGAGCAGAUAGCCAAUCAGCUUCAAAGGAAGGACCAGCCUAAAACCCUUCUAGACAAGAAGGAACUGGGUUCAUUAAAAAAGGAAUUCCCUCCAAACUUGGGAGGCAGUGAUGUUUGUUUCUUCUGCCAUAAACGUGUCUAUGUGAUGGAAAGGCUGAGUGCUGAAGGCAAAUUUUUCCACCGUAGCUGUUUCAAAUGUGAAUACUGUGCCACCACCCUGCGUCUAUCAUCUUAUGCCUAUGAUCUGGUGGAUGGAAAAUUCUAUUGCAAGCCUCACUACUGUUACAGACUUUCAGGUUAUGCCCAGAGGAAAAGACCAGCAGUGGGUCCUCCGUCAGGAAAGGACAACAAAGGGACCCAACAAGACAGUAUGGCAGCUGAUGGUGCAGGACGUGCAAAUUCCAUCUCGUCAUCAUCAGAGAGAACCCCAGCACCCAAUGUAAACGGCCUAGAGGAACCCAGUCUUGCCAAGAGACUGCGAGGCACACCGGAACGGAUUGAAUUGGAGAAUUACCGCCUCUCAGUACAACGUGAAGAGGACUUAGAAGAGGUCCCUGAAGAGACAUUGGCAGAGCACAACCUAAGCAGCGUGCUAGACAAAGGAACAGAAGAAGAUGUCCCUAGCAGUAGUUCCGAAUCCGAGAUGGAGGAGGAAGAAGAGGACGAAGAAGAGGAAGAUCAACCACAGCCACCUACUUCUGACCUGGGAGGUGUGCCUUGGAAGGAAGCUGUGCGGAUCCAUGCCAUGUUAAAGGGCAAGAGUGAGGAGGAGCUGGAGCCUGAGAAAAAUCAUGUCAAAGAAGAAGAAGACGUGGAGGAGGAGGAAGAGGAGGAAGAGGUGGAGGAGGAGGAAGAAGAAGAGGAAGAGGAAGAAGUCUCCAGUGAAGAGGGAGAGUAUUACCCUUGGGAGAGCGAACUUCAACAAGGCCUCUGGCUUCAACGUCUUUCCAAUGAAGAGGACACGGGUACAUUUAAAGCUGGAAACCUGAGGCUGCAACAGAUAGUAAAUCCGAUUGAUCCUUUGGAGAUCUUGGCUGAUGUGCAUUGGACACACAUCCGUCAGAAAGAGGAGGAGGAAAAAGUGGGCCCUACGUCUGUAUCCUCCACCUCCCGAGCAUCUGACCUUCCUUCCCUACGCCAUGAUGCAGUGCAGGCGUGGCUGGAUGCAGCCCCAGGAGCGUUGUGUGAGGACAAUGACUAUGAGGAUGAAGUGGGCAGUGAGCCUGCAGAAGCUUUUGAAGAUGGAGACACAGGUGCAGAGUUGGAUGAUGAUGACAUCCCAUCUGAUGCAGAAGCAGAGUGCCGCCUCCAUCAAGAGGAGCCUGGAGAUCCAGAGCAGAAGGUCUCUGAAGACAAAGAGUUGAAGGCAGAGAUUGCUGCUCCUUGCACUGUAACUGAAGAUCCCUGCAAGCCAUGUGAGUCAGUCGAGUCACCAUCCGAGAGGGCUGCUUCUGUUUCUCCAACUGAUAACAACAAGGAAGAAGAAAGAGAGGACUCAAAGGAACAUCUUGUGAUCGUGUCCUGCGAAGAGAGAUCCUCAGAUACACACUUUUUCCCUGAGCCAUUUCUCCCAGAAGACAAGAAUGAAAAACAAGACAAGAGCUUGGAUGAUGAGAAAGUCAAAAGCCCACCUGUAUCACUUUCACCUAUUCGGUCUCAGCCAAUUGCUCUGCCUGAGACCAUUGCACCGACAUCCCCCGUGAAAUCACAACCCGCAUCACCCACUUUACCUACAUCCCCACCUGCUACUCCUCUGCCUAUUUGUUCACAGCCUUUGCCCUCUGCUGAAGCAUCUAUUCCAUCUCCAGGGGAACCACCAGUUUGUUUUCAACCAGUCCCAGCCUUAACCUCCACUCCUUUGGCCAAACUUGUUUUAAAAAGUCAAGAUGGAGAGAUGGAAAAACUGGCAAGCCCUACUACAGCAGAAGAAGCUUUGAAAAGGAAUAACCUUGUGGAGGAGUUCUGGAUGAAGAGUGCUGAAAUUCGAAGAAGUUUGGGUCUUACCCCUGUGAACAGAAGCAGGGGGUCAGAAACCAGCUUUACAAUCUCACCCCUUGAAUCUCCCCCUCUUAAAUCAUAUACUCCUGAUGAUGUUCCAGAAGAUAAGUGUAUCCACUUUGUUAAACCACAGCCAACCCCAAGGAAACCAAUCACCCCAAAGCUUGAUGAGCAGUUUUCUCUGCUGACACCAAAAUCUCCAUCAGAGAGAGAGCUGAAAAAUUCAAGUGAUGUUAAAAGAGAUUUGUCCAGCAGUUCUGGACUAGGUCUUCAAGGCAGUUCAUCCAACAUGAGGACAUUGGCCAGCCAGAGUUUCAAUACUUCUGAUUCCACCAUGCUUACUCCCCCCUCGAGUCCUCCCCCACCACCUCCUCAGAAUGAAGAGCCAGCCACUCUGCGAAGGAAAAGGCACCAGGCAACAUGGCAAAAUGAAGCUCAGUCUAGGCCAGCUUCCUUGCAAACACCUCACUCUCCACCAGUAAUUGAACGAAUUCGACCAGCCAGAGAACCCUCCCAGCCUCCCAGAGAGGAGGUGAGGAAGUCAUUUGUGGAGAGUGUGGAUGAGAUACCAUUUGCUGAUGAUGUGGAGGACACCUAUGAUGAGAGGACUGAGGAUACAAGCUUUCAUGAAAAGUACUAUACACCCCCCAGCAGGCCAAGGCCAGAGAAGCCGCUUCACUUACAUUUGGUUAAAGAGAAUGGUGGACCGCCCUCAAUGGAAGGGAGAAAUCAGCAAAAAAGAGGCCUCCCUCAAGUCUCUGCAGAAGCUAAGGAACUAGCUGAGGAGAGAAUGAGGGCCAGAGAGAAGUCUGUCAAAAGCCAGGCCUUGCGUGAUGCAAUGGCUAAGCAACUUAGUAAAAUGAAAGAUCUGGAGAUGGCCCAUGCUACUGGCACUGCCAAAUUGCGCAAAGCGACGACUUUACCCUCAAAGACCAAAGACAUGUUUUUUGAGUCCCCUAAGCAUUUGGCUAUGAAAUCUGGUGAAGGCCACACAUUGAAACAUGAGGGUAGUAGUGAAAGGUUCUUCUCACCUUUUGCAGACAUUAGUGGGCGCGAUGGUUCAGUCACAUCCUCAGAAGGUUCAGGUGGAAAGAGUAAGAAAAGGACUUCUCUUUUUUCUCCCCGUAAAAACAAAAAGGAGAAGAAGUCCAAGAAUGACAGCAAGCUCUCUGACAAAUCCAGCAGUGUGGCUGAGGAAGCCACCAAGCCCAAAUCAUUGUGGAAGUCUGUAUUCUCUGGUUAUAAGAAAGACAAGAAGAAAAAGGCAGAUGAAAAAUCCUGCCCUAGUACACCUUCCAGUGGGGCCACAGUGGACUCUGGGAAAAUUAAGGCAUCUCCAUUGGUUAGAGCAGCAGAUUUACAAAUGCGCCGACACCUAAGUUUCUCUGAGGACUCUGACCUUUCCAAUGAUGAUGUGCUAGAACGCUCAUCACAGAGAUCCAAGCGUGAGUCGAUUUACGUCCCACACGCCUUGGCAUUCAAGAGAUCAUACGCAUCAAAGAAAGCGUACACGGAAGAUGAGCUCAACGCCAAACUGACCAGACGAGUGCAGAAAGCUGCUCGCCGCCAAGCCAAGCAGGAGGAGCUCAAAAGGUUACACAGGGCCCAGAUUAUCCAACGGCAGCUGGAACAAGUAGAAGAAAAGCAGAGGCAACUGGAGGAAAGAGGGGUUGCUGUUGAGAAGGCACUUAGAGGAGAAGCAGACUAUUGGGGAGAGUCUUAUUACAGUGACCUCAUCGACUUGCACCUGGGUGUUGAGCCCAAUGCCGGGACACCACGCCGUAGACCUCUCUCCUUCUGCCCUUGCUGUGCCCACGAAGGCAUGGGGAAGAAGGAUGACCCCAAGCUGAUGCAGGAGUGGUUCAAGCUGGUUCAGGAGAAAAAUGCCUUGGUGCGCUAUGAGUCGGAGCUGAUGAUAUUUGCUCGGGAGUUGGAGCUUGAGGACAGACAAAGCCGGCUACAGCAAGAGCUUCGGGAGAGGAUGGCAGUCGAAGAUCACCUGAAGACAGAUGAUGAGCUCUCAGAGGAAAAGAGAAUCUUGAAUGAAAUGCUAGAGGUGGUAGAGCAGAGAGAUUCUCUUGUGGCCCUCCUGGAAGAGCAGCGGCUCCGGGAGAAGGAGGAAGACAAGGAUCUGGAGGCUGUUAUGCUAUCCAAGGGAUUUAACUUGAACUGGUCCUGAGCUCUGCACCAUACUCAGCUGCUGAUCUGAAUCCUCCAGCUGGCAUUUGCCACAUUGGCCAGAGCUGCCUGGAUGGAAGUGAUGUCUUGAUGCAGGAGCCUCUUGGGGGUUUCUUCAGCACCUGACCGCUUGAACCAGCUGCUUCUUGUUGAGAGGAGUUGGUCCUAAAGGUGCUGAGGACUGUGUGAGGUCUGCAAGCCCAACUCUGAGGUGAUGGCUGGAGGUUGCGUGCCUUCCUCAAGGACCUGUGUGAGAGGCCAUUGAGUUUUUGUGACCUCUGGGAGAGGCUAAAAAAAAAGAGAUUUUUUUAACGUUAACCAAUCUUGGUGAAGUGUAGGUUAUCUGUUCCAUAUUUACCCAGGUAGCUGUGUUCAUAUUUUUGUUUGUUUGUUUAAACUCAUGAGAGAGAAAUAGCUGCUCUCUUUUGAGACAUCACCUUGCAUCAACUUUUGAAAGAGCAAACUAUUCACUGCUCCAGAGCACCUUGUGUUACAUGUUCAAAGUUCUCCUCACCAAAGAAGCCUGAAGCUGCCAUUAUUGUCUGGGCAUGGAGGAGACAGGACUGGAAACUUGGAAAGCGAAUUGACUUGAAAUACUGUACUUUCUCACAGGCUCAGGUGGGCUUACUUUCAUCACUGCAGCCUCCAUGAGUUGCCAUUGUUCUGAAGAGGGGUCCUUGUUCAGCCAUCCACUCUCUUUCAUCCAGUGCUCUGGACUGAAGAGGACUGUUUUCCUUUCUCCAUUGUCAUGAGACUGCUCUAUUGUGAACUUUGUGCUCAUUUUGACACUGGAACAUGCAGAUUAUGAACACAGGUUAAUUGAGAAGCAUUUCAAGGGAGCUCUUGGAUGAAAGCCCCUGGCUUCAACCCUGCCCCCCUCCGGACCCUUGAAGAUUGAUCUGUGGGUCUUCUUGUUGUUGUGUUUUGGGGGUGGGAGGUUUUUUUUUUCUUUUUUGCACGUUGGAAAUGAAGCAGAACUCUUACCCGCUCCCUUUAGUCACUUUAGACCCUUCAAUGUCCAUUAACUUAUUUUUAAUACUUGAAAGAAGAUUUGGUUUUGUACCUUUUUAAGAAAUGAGCAGAUGAGUGAGUGGUGUAUCUGUGUGCCUGCUGCAUUCCCCAACCUCUAUGUUUGUUUUAAAUUUGCUGAUCUCUCUUUCUAUCUAUUUAUUAGAGUUCUUAUUAAUGGCAUUACUGUUACAACACUACAUUUGAUCUUGGAGAGUAGAUGCUUGUACGUUCAAGGCAAUUGGCUCUGCUUUGGCCUUGAACCUGCACUACACUGAAGGGUGGAUUCUCGAUAAACUUCUGUUGCCUCACUGAGCGGAGGCUCAGAAUGUGAAAGCAAUGAAGACAGAUUUAUUUCCUGCACAUCCCAAAUUUUCUUGUAUGUUUUCUACAUUUGGAUAAACCUGUGCUUGCUCUAUCUAAUGCUGACAAGCUUCUGUGACUAGAACGGUGACAUUGCCAUGUAAAGAGUGAAACAUGCUAGUACCAUGCGGUCUGCCUCCAAGGAAACAAUUAGCACAAAUCCUACUGGUUCCUGUUCCUGAUUUCCUUCAGAUUGUCUUAGGAAGUGAGGUGGUGUUUUCCCAGUGUAACAGCAAAAAGGACAUAACAAAAAUGGGUUCUUGCCUAUCACCAGCCAAGAUGUUCUAUAAGCACACUAUGUCCUUUACCAUAAUCUUCCCAAAAAUACCAAUGUGCAGCUCUCAAAAUGUUCAAUUCUUAGUUUUUAUAAUCCUUUGUGGGCUUAGUUUUUUAAAGGAUGCUACUUACUUUUACUCCAUUAGUUAAAAGGAUUAACGAGCAGCUUUAGAUAACAGAGAAGGAAAAGAAUGGUUUCUGAAAUUAUUCCUUUAUAGCAUCUAAGGUUCAAUGCAGAACAGUGUUAGUAAUCAUAUAGAGAAGCAGAUUCAGCUUCUCUCAGCAUUGCAGCAAGGAUCUGCGGUGGCACAAUGGGUUAAACACUUGUUACCAGUUCAAAUCUGUGAGACCGGAUGAGCUCCCAUCUGUCAGCUCUAGCUUGCAGGGACAUGAGAGAAGCCUCCCAGCAGGAUGGUAACAUAUCCGGGCAUCCCCUGUGCAAUGUCUCCGUGGACGGCCAAAUCUCUCACACCAGAAGCAACUUGCAGUAUGUUCUCAAAUCACUUCUGACACAAUUUUUUUUAAAAAGCAUUGCAGCAAUGCGAUAAAAAAAUAUACUUCUGCUGACACUCUUCUUCCUACCCAGUUCUUAAAGAUGUGGGGCCCCAGACUUCAGAUAUUGCUAGAUACAGUCUGAUUAAUUGGAGCACUGAUUUUUUUUUUCUUGUUGUCAGAAGUGGGUUCCUCUUUUUCAUGGUUUGAAGGCCUUAAUAUCCACUUUUUUAAAGAAAAUAAAAAUGCAUAUGGCUGCUAUCAUGCAGUGUUCAUCAAUAGAGCCCUUUCCUUCCAUAGGAACCCUCAAGAUUAUGCAUUAUAAGGGUAAAGUGCCUGUGUGUUUUAGGGAGUGCCGUAACACAGCUAUCUGGUGGGUGGUGGAAUAGAAAUUAAAUUCCAGAAAAUGAGAUAUGUCUAGAUUCAAUGCUUAUGUUCUUUUCACUUUCAGCUAGGCAGGAAAUGUUUCUAUCUUAGUUCUGGAUAAAAUAUUGCAACUAAGAGGGAAAAGAGGAUCUUAAAUGUUUAUGAAGAACAGGAUAUUCAACAAGCUUAGGUUGCCACAAAAGCUAAAUCUGCCAAAAUUAAAAAGUUGUGAGAGCCCUGUCUUCUUUGGGUGUUCGCCACCUACAUCCAAAAAACAGUGGCUAUAAUUUGUCUAGGACCUCACACGUAAUAAAUACAUACUCAUCCCAGCAAAGCAACAAAGAGAACCAAGAUUUUUCCCUUUCCAGACUACAUCUCUCUCACAUGGCAGUUUGGAAAACUUGUUAACAUAUGGCUCUCCUGUGCUUUUCAUAGCAGCCUGGCAAUCAGGUGCAUUGUUUAAAUGUGCCAUUUCAAUGCUGUGAUCUUCCCCAAUAUGCCCGGCUACUUUGCAACCUUAGUCCCCAAAGCAAAAUGUAGCAUAAUUGGGGAAAACACAAAUAAAACCUGUGGUAAUCUUCACCCAGUCUGUAAGCAUUAUCGCCAUUUAUGUGACACUGAUUUUUUUAAAAUUAUAUUGAAAAGGUAGUCAUUACGUUUUUAUUAUUCUAUAUAAUAGCAAGUGAGGCAAUGUUUUCAUGCAUCUAGACUGAAAAGAGAGGCACAAGAUGAUAUACAGCUGCUUUUUAGACAUAUGUCUCUUUCAGUCUUGAAAGUGCACAGGAGCCUACCCAAUCUGAAAGAACAUAAAGCUAUCAAGAGUAUGAGAAAAUAUACCAUGUCUUACUUACUUCUUUAUGAUGUUCAGAAAGGCUUCCCAUUUAAAGGUCUCUGUACUUUUUAAAGAGUAAAAAGAGUUACUUGCUUUUCUUACUAAAAAUAUCGUUUUCCUAUUUAUUCAGGUAGGCAAUUUGAUACACAUCCCUGACACUAAUUAUCAUUUUUUUUCUAUUCAGUCAAGGAUUUGGAUUAUUUUCUCAGCUUUUUUGUUGAAUGGCAGCUCUAUCAAUUGAUAACCACUGUUCCGUAAAGCAGUUAUUUUCGUCCUCAAUUGGUCAUGGCCCCAGAUUGCGUCUAGAAAGAGAAAGGGUGGGAAAAUGUUUUAAACCUCUCGUCAACCCAGUCUUAAGCUUUUUAAAUAACAGUACUAGUUUUUUUUAAGCUUUCACAGUGCAAAAAGAGUUGAAAUGUCACCUUUGGAAAAUUUGAUGCAAAAGGCCUCUUAUCUAUGCUAUCUUGUUGAAUACUGAGAUGUAAAGAAGAUUCAGGUGAAUAAUCAGAGACUGCCAAAAUUACAUCAGAGGAUGAAGGAUUUAUGUGCUCAUGAAUUCACCUGUUCAUAAUAUACAGUAAAGAAGGAGGAAUAUGUUGGUGGAACCUCAGUCAUCAUUUCCUGCAUUCCUUUGAAUCAGCAGAGAGGAGCUAUAGUAAAAACUGGGUAUGGACAUUACGUUGCUGGGUGCCUUAAGAUGCAGUGUAUACAACUAGUUAUAAUUUGGUGUUUAUUAUUCUCAUGUGAAAGGCUUACAGCCACCUCAGCCAACUGGGUGAUUUCCACAUGUGUUGCAACUUGCAAAAUUUCCUGGCUACUAUCGCCGACUAACAUAUUUGGAGGGCAUUCACUGGGCAGAAACUGGUUUAUAUUUCUGCUGUUCUGAAUGCAGUUAGAUACAACAGAGCUGAGAACAUGCCACUUCCUAUAAAAUGGUAAAACUUAAGCUGCUCUCUGUGUAUUUUAUACUGUCAAGAAGGUAGGAACUGUGUCCAGAUGUUUUUAGCUAUAACUCUCUUCAUCCUUAACCAACAUGAGCAGUUGAUGAUGGGAACUGUAGUCCAAAAACUUCCCUAUGGGCACAGUUUGCUGUAGGACUGUGGUUAUCAACCUGUGAGUCCCCAGAUAUUUUGGCUUUAAACUUUCAGAAAUCCUAGCAGCUGGUAAACUGGCUGGGAUUUCUGGGAGUUGUAGGCCAAAACACCUGGGGACUCACAGGUUGAGAACCACUGUUGUUGGAGAACUUCAGACACACAUUUUUCCUUCCUAGCUUGCCUAGUGUUAGCUACUUGUGCAAUAAAGAUUACAACCUCUCUUAGUAGAGGAAGUACAUUUCAGCUUCCAAACUUCUUAUUUCUGUCCACCCAAUAGCUCAAACAUCAUUUGAGCAGCUAAGACUUAAAUGUGCAGACAAGACAGUUUUUCUAAAUCCUGUGGUGGUAUGAUGAACAUUGAUUGCAUGUCCUCUCGCUGUUUCAGUAUUUAAUGUACUGUUUUGUGUUUACCAUGCUCACCCUUAAAGUCAGUUUGUUUUAAAUGCAGUGUCAGGCCCUCACUUUAGGAGGUGGUGCUAAUGCAGAAGUAACAAGCACACUUGUUGCACCCUCUGGGUUUUUAAUCAGUUUAUGUUUUUUAAUACAUCCUGAUCCAGAGCAUUUUUAAGCAUCCAAAAUUAGGUCUAAAAUGCAUGGCCAUCUAUUACAACUUUUUUAUAGGCAAAGAAGAUCGCAAAACCCAACCUGCCACUCCCUCAGUUUGGAUCUUAAGAAAUGUAUUUAACAGAAUGUUUACAUUUGAACUCUGAAAGGAAAGCAACUUGUUUGUUUUUCAGCCUGCUAUAGUUAAAAAAAAAGAAAUUGCUGUGAAUUGGGAAUGUUAUUUGCAAUAAAAAUUAAACAGCUUGCUUUAUAUGAAAAAUGGGAAGGGAGUCUGGGAGGGGUUGUGUACUGAUGGCUUUGCCAUAAUUUUUUUAAAUAUAUAGACGUAUGUAUGUGAAAUCCAGUCCAGAUGAAGGGAUUUAAUGUGGUAUCUUCCCCUUGGGACAGGUGUGAACUCUGACAUUCAGACUGUUUUAUAGUUGGCCUGUGUGCAGUGUAACAGGAAAUUGCGUACUGUAUUUUUUCAUGUCUAAAACAUCCCCUAAUCCCAACCUCUAUCCCCUUUUACUUCCCAUUUUGUCGCAUUUCAGUCUGUCAGUUCUUCACUUGCUUUGUUGGUGUUGAGAUUUUAGCACCUCAGGCCACCAACGGAACUAAAGAAAAAAUAAAAUCAUUAAUUUUU